UGCUAUCCGAAUUCUUCCUUUGUUGCAUACUUUGUAUUACUACGCGAAAGAGGGCGCUUCCUUUUACUGCCGAAACUGGCUACCACGAGGACGGAAAAUUAAGCAUCAUGGCUGCAAGACCACUUAUUUCAAUUUACAAUGAGAAGGGCGAAUCAACUGGCUACAACAUCAAGCUGCCUGCCGUGUUUCGGGCUCCAAUUCGGCCUGACAUCGUUAACUUUGUCCACUUUCAAAUGAUGAAAAACACUCAACACCCUUACGCUGUGUCAGAGAAAGCUGGUCACCAGACAUCUGCCGAGUCUUGGGGUACUGGUCGUGCUGUGGCUCGAAUCCCGCGAGUGCGUGGUGGUGGAACCCAUCGUUCGGGUCAGGGUGCGUUCGGCAACAUGUGCCGAGGAGGGCGUAUGUUUGCACCAACCAAGACCUGGCGCCGCUGGCACCGCAAGAUCAACAUAAACCAGCGCCGAUAUGCCAUGUGCUCGGCCAUCGCUGCAACUGGAAUCCCUGCCCUCGUCUUGUCAAAGGGUCAUCGUAUUGAGGAAAUCCCUGAGGUUCCGUUGGUGGUCAGUGACAAGGUGCAGGAAUACAAGAAGACCAAGGAAGCUGUGGCUCUGUUGAAGCGUGUCAAAGCCUGGUCAGACAUCCAAAAGGUUUACAACUCCAAGAGGUUCCGAGCGGGAAAAGGAAAGAUGAGAAACCGUCGCCGUAUUCAGCGAAGAGGUCCUCUCAUUAUCUAUUACCAAGACAAUGGGAUCACCAAAGCAUUCAGAAAUAUCCCAGGCAUUACUCUGAUCAACGUGUCCCGUCUGAAUCUUCUUCGUAUUGCACCUGGAGGUCACGUCGGCCGAUUCUGUAUUUGGACUGAAUCUGCAUUCCGCAGACUGGACGGAUUGUAUGGCACUUGGAAAAAGAAUUCAUUACGAAAGUCUAAUUACAAUUUACCUAUGAAAAAAAUGACCACCACUGAUUUAUCAAGACUGCUGAAGUGUGACGAGAUACAGUCUUCACUGCGAGCACCAAUACGAGAAGCAAAGAGAAGAGUUCUUAAAAAGAAUCCUUUGAAAAAUUAUCGUGUUAUGGUUCGUCUCAACCCCUAUGCUUUGGUCCAGAAGAGAGCUGCAGCUUAUAUCGAGGCCAGACAUAAAUAUCUCCGGCAGGUGGGGAUAAACAAGAAACGUGGUAUUAAGACGCCUGUACCUAAACCACCCAAAGGCAAGGCUGCUGAAAAGAGGGCUGCUAGGAGGGCUAGAAAGGCAGUCAAGAAGGGAAAGGGAAAAAAAUAAAUUGUGAUCAGCCAAUAUGAUGUACCAUGAACUUGACAAAUUGAGGAGACAUUUGAAAAAUCGUAACAUGGGGAAACAUCAGAAAUAAUAAUAAAAUAAAUACUGCAGA